UAAAUGCAUGAAAGCUUGGCAUCGUCUAAGACGUAGUAGUAGUAGUAGAGAUCAUAGGAGUGGUCCCCGAACAUGUAAAAGCAGCUUAUCAUCCUCACCACACACGUCCCCAUAAUACAAAGACAAGAGCCAAUGACAAUGUGCUCCUCAGUCCUCACACUACUUUCACCAAUAUCUCCAUUGCCCAUAAAAAGGUGGAACUUAAUUGUGUGUCAUCAACUACUGUGAACCAUCUUCACAAUUCAUUAACUUUGGAGCCUAAAUUAGGUCAUUAAUCAAAGCCAUGAAAGGAAGCAAGAAGCCUUAUCUAGUUGUGAUCCUCAUAGAAGCCAUCUAUGCUGCCAUGUUUCUGCUCUCAAAAGCUGCAUUUGACCAUGGCAUGAACAAUUUCAUCUUUGUCUUCUAUAGACAGACAACAGCCACCAUAUUCCUUAUCCCUUUUGCUUUCUUCUUUGAAUGCAGGAAAACUGCACCUCCUUUGACCUUGGUGACCUUCUGCAAGAUCUUUUUCCUUUCUUUCCUGGGGAUCAGUGCGAGCUUGGACAUAUAUGGUAUUGGUCUUAUUUACACUUCUGCUACUUUAGCUGCUGCUACCACAAACUGCCUUCCAGUCAUCACCUUCUUCUUGGCGCUCAUACUCAGGAUAGAAAAUUUGAAAGUAACGAGUACCUCGGGGGUUGCUAAGUUGGUUGGUGUAGUGGCAUGCUUGACGGGAUCAGCAAUUCUUGCUUUCUAUAAAGGUCCUCAUUUAGAAGUUUUAAGCCAUUAUCACGUUUUAGGGUACCAUAAAAACCAACAACAUCUGGGUCGUGUUGCAUCUGGGACAUGGAUUAAGGGUUGCUUCCUCUUGCUACUCUCCAACACCUUUUGGGGAAUGUGGCUUGUGCUACAGACUUAUGUCAUAAAAGGAUACCCUUCAAAGCUGCUCCUCACAACUCUUCAGUGUUUCUUAAGCUCGAUUCAGUCUUUGGGCAUUGCCUUGGCCGUAGAAAGAGAUAUUGAGCAAUGGAAGUUGGGAUGGAAUGUCAGACUCCUUGCCGUAGUAUAUUGUGGAAUCAUGGUGACCGGUGUAACAUAUUACUUACAAACAUGGGUUAUAGAGAAGAAAGGACCGGUGUUUCUAGCCAUGGCAACACCACUUGCUUUGAUCAUGACCAUCUUCUCCUCCGCAGUUCUCUUGGGCGAGAUCAUAACUUUGGGAAGCCUUUUAGGUGGCAUCGCUUUGGUCAUUGGACUGUACUGCGUGCUGUGGGGAAAGAGCAGAGAGCAAAUGCCAAAAGCCUCGUUAGACUUGGAGGAGGCAUCAUCGGGUUAGAGUGGAGCUAGUGAUUCACAAAUCACAAUUGUCAUGACACGACACCUGAUAUAUAAAGGAACAUUAACUGUAUGUAGUUUGGAAUAGUGCCAAAAUUAUGUUAAUAAUAUAUAUAAUAUAUAAGCCUGUGGAGAUGUUCGAAAACCCAAAGGCAGAAUCUCUGAAGUCCUCCUCUUCUCAAAUUAUGUCCUUCCGAUAAUGUUAGGCUUCAUAUUGUAGGAACUAACUAGGGAGGCUUUUAAAUUUUCUCUCUUUUGUACUGGGUUGGUUUCGAAAACAACUUGAUAUUAUAGGGACUAAAGUAUAUUUAAGAUCAACUUAUAAAAAAUAUAGGCUUGUUUACUUUUA